AUGAGGGACGACAAGGACACUUACACUAUAUUCUCUUUUGCCGGCGACGCCGAGGUACCGCACUGCUGUCUGCGCAAGCCGGACGUUGAGCGCCAUCCCCAUGCGCAAAUCGGUGACCUCGCCAUUACCGCGUGGCCGCUCUCGACCGAGAUCGUCGCGGCGCUCGCGACCAAAUACUCGACUCACGUGCCGGCCGACGACGUUAUCCUCCACGACUUCUACGACACGACUUCCGAUGUCAUUGCUGAUUCCGACAUCCUCGGCAAGCUGGAAAAUGGAGGAGACUAUUGCGAACUGCUUUUCGACAUGACGCUGGCGCAUUUUGCAAUCGACUUGACCGGCGACGCGUCGACGUUGACGCCGACAACGGAGCCACCGCCUGGUACCUUUGCUACGGUCGUCUACUUUUUUCCGUCCACCUGCGUCGGCGGCGCCGUCAUGAUCUCGCACGGCCACCGGACGACGACAUUCGAGGCCCUCGAUGGAUGCUUUCUCUCGUUCUACAGCGUGUGUGAUGUGACGGUGGCGCCCAUCACGUCGGGACACCGGUCUUGUCUUGUGUAUCAUGCCGCGUACGACCUCGACGACUACGACUCGGACGACUGUAACGCGUCCAUGCUACAGUACGCGCCGCCACUGCUGCCGUCGAUCCAAGAGCUCCAGGACGCCGCUCGCCGCUUCGAAACAUUGGGGGCCAGAGGCACGUCGAUUGCGUUUGAGGCGCACAGCUUGACGUUUGAUUCGCUCACGGGUCGUGACAAGGCGGUCGUCGAUCUGCUCCUUGCGGCCGACGUCUUUGACAUUGCGCUUGUGCACGUGGUUGGUGACAACAACAGCGAGAAGACGCACGCCAGCCCGACGCUGACCGUAACGUUUCAUCCAUUGUGCAAUACGCCGGCGCUCGUUCAAAACGCGUGUCGCGCCACGUCGCUGACCGACCUUGCAGGUCUGUUCCUCGAUGAGCUGCCCGCUUGUUUGUUGCUCUUAUGGCCCAAGGCGAACCGCGUGUACAUGUUGGGCUACGACCGCACGAUUGCGCUCUUGCGCGCCAACAGCGUCGGGGACGUCAGCAACGACCUCGGCUACGGAUCGCUCCGCCGCCUUUUUCAAGCGGCCAUUCAUGACUUUUUUCUGCAUCACCGAACCCAGCUUGGCGCCAAGUGUGACACACCACAAAGUACGUAUCCGAUGGCGUCCUUGCUCUACGAUCACGGCGACGUGGGGCUCCUCGUGGAGCUCCUGGACGCUCACGAUGCCUGGGCCGACGACGCCACCAUGGCAAAUUGGCUUCUCGCGGUGCUCCGACGCUUUGGCGCGGCCCGUUUUCUGCACCGGCUUCAAGCAACCAAUGUCACGAGCACUUUUGUCGCACAUUUGGUGCAUCUUGCAACGGCCGGGGACACGCUCGCGCAGACGACCUUGUGUGACUGCCUCCCGCUGUGGUGGCCUCGCUUGCUCCGCGACCUCACGACAAACGCUUGUGCCAAGAAAGCAGAGCUGCACCGCUUCUAUGACGUGGAGACGUACAUGCUGACGUACCCCAUGGGUGUGGCUGCAUCGGCGUACUUGGGCCGCCACUUGGCCGAUGAUCUCGUGUGCAAUGUGGCCACCUACCUCGUCGAGCCACACGUGUCGCUGCUCGAUGCGAUACAAGAAAGCCAACGAUAUAACGAUUGCCUCACUGGCUACCUCCCGGUCGUUCUGUGGCAGCGUCGGGCGGCACCAUGCAACGUGCGCUUCGCAUCGUACAUGGCGGUCGCCACCGAGUAUUGGUGUUUGCCCGGAGAGCCCCCUCGCUGCUUGAAGGGUUGUGUAGUGUAUUUGGCGCUGCUGACAGUUGGGACGCCAGCCUUUGCUGCAGUGGACAAGGAAGUGCAAACGUGUCGGGACUGCGACAUAUUCCAGCAAGAGUGCGCGGCCAUCGACAAGUCGACGUUGAGCUCGAUGCAGGCGCUCGUCUUGGAAGAGUACAUGCAACGUCGUCCUUAGUAGCGGUGCUGGACAAACGAAGCGUCGGCUGUUGCUGGCAAUGUAAUACACACUAGUGCGCUG